AAGAUUUCAUAUUUGCCAAUCGCCGGGCAUUUGGGCGUCGUGUCACUAGCACGAGGCACGACGUCAUUGCCAUCCGUAAGCUCGGGUUACGCCUGACGAAUCCCAACUCCCCAUGUCGCCCUUAAAGACGGGAGAACAUCAAGUCGAAGUUCUCCGUGUUCCUCCCACUUCUGAGUUCUUCUUUCAUGGUUUUUCAUGCUCCGUUUUCACUCCAGCCCAGAAUAAUCGCCGUCGCAAGGCAGCAGUGGAACAUACCACAGUAUAGCAUCAUGGACACCUCCAAGACACCGGAACAGCAGAAGGACGCCAACAAGCAGUCGACCAAGGAGAACCCCCUGCACAAGGCAGCCGAGAACGUCAAGGCUGCCUUCCAGGCGCACUCUGCGAACCCUGGUCCGGCGAUCCCCAAGCAGUUUAACGUGCAGGAAGAAGGGACCAAAGAGGAGCGUCGGGCCAAGGCACAGGAGCUGAACAAGCAGUGAGAGCCAUCGUCGCACUUUGUAUGCUCCACAUGGUGCCUACCUAGGUAGCUAGGUACUUACUGUGUCCUGCGUCAAA